AUGGAAAAAUUCAUUGCUACGUUACACAACACACCGGAAGAGAUCAAGUCCUUCGUUGAGAGGUUGGAAGUCCAGCGCCAACCAUUCUCGGCGCGUGAGCUCCAAGAAAUCAUACGCGUCCUUCGUCGGUUGCAGGACAAAACCAGCACGCUUCGAAGCCAAGCUACUACGCCGCGGCAAAAUGUCGCGCUUGACGCAGGUGACGAAAAGCGCCUCCGAGAACACCGAAGGAAGUUCGACGAAAUCGACGCCCUUAUUGUCAGGAAGGUUCACCAGGCGGAAAGUCGAUACUGCAAUGAGAACACCGUGAAAAACCUAGAAGAGGCACCUAACUGUAAGGCCUGGGCCGAUGAUCUCGACGUCGAAUCAGGAGCGCUCUCCGAUGCGGAAUACAGCGAAUUAGAGAACAGGCUCCAAUGGGUCUUCGAUGCGUUAAGUCCCUAUGACUUAGCAGUACUAUCUCCCGAUCGCGAUCCCGCAAUUGACAACCAGAGGAGCACACUCGAGGACGUUGAGAAUGCAUUACAGGCAAAGAAGGAUAAACAUGAUGAGCUUUACGGGAUCGGCUAA